GUAGGAAAUAUUCCACACUGCCUCGAAGGGCGAAUCUCUGUGCGGUAAUUCCAUCUUCUCCGAGAACUAACUACAAAAUCUAAAACAAAAAAGCAAACAAUUUCGUCCCAGAGGGGAUAGUUGAUUCAGGAAAUGGCAGACCGUUUCUUUCCGAACGAAAUGCCUAAUUUCAUCCCAGAAACCGCAGAGGCAGAAGAGCUAGCGGAAAAAGCGCAAGACUCACUCACUAAGCUUCUACAUCUUCCUUACAAGAACGUCGCGAAGAAAAUACAAAAAUCUGCUUUGGUGCUUAAAGAAAAGAUUGUGGAGGAGACGUGGGUAGCUAAGGGGAAACGCGUGAGUGACUAUUCACUGUACACUGGGGCUCUGGGCACUGCUUUCUUGUUGUUUAAAGCUUACCAAGUUAGCAAAGACAGGAAUGAUCUUGCUUUGUGCUUGGAGAUAACCAGUGCUUGUGAUCUUGCUUCUCGCGGUUCUGGGCGGGUCACAUUCAUAUGUGGGCAGGCGGGUGUAUGUGCCCUUGGUUCAGUUGUGGCAAUGCACAUUGGCAAUGAACGGUUAUGUAGCCAUUACUUGGCGCAAUUUAAGGAGCGAGCAGUAGUGGAUGAUGUUAUAAGAUCUGGCCAUAAAAUGGCGACAGGGAGAUGCCCUUUGAUGUAUGAGUGGCAUGGGAAAAAAUACUGGGGGGCUGCCCAUGGUCUGGCUGGUAUUAUGCAUGUAUUGAUGGACAUGGAACUGAAACCGGAUGAGCUGGAGGAUAUCAAGUGCACCCUGCGUUUUAUGAUCAGGAACCGCUUUCCUAGUGGGAAUUACCCUUCAAGUGAAGGAAAUGAAUCAGAUCGUCUUGUGCAUUGGUGCCAUGGUGCUCCUGGCCUUGCUCUUACUCUUACAAAGGCAGCAAAGGUUUUUAACAGUGAGGAGUUUCUUCAAGCAGCUGUAGAUGCAGCUGAGGUGGUCUGGAAUCGGGGACUACUAAAACGAGUUGGUAUUUGUCACGGUAUCAGUGGGAACUCGUAUGUAUUUCUUGCACUUUACCGAUUAACAGGUGACAUGAAAUAUUUGUACCGGGCAAAGGCAUUUGCUUGCUUUCUGCACAAUAGAGCUCAAACUCUUAUAUCAGAGGGAAUUAUGCAUGGCGGUGAUCGUCCAUACUCACUAUUUGAAGGCAUUGGGGGUAUGGCUUAUCUCUUUCUGGACAUGACAGAACCGCUUGACACAAGGUUCCCUGCUUAUGAACUUUAGUUCUAUGCAAAAUAUAAUGAAGUGUUUAUACUUGAUAUGACUGUCUUGUUAUCUGUUUAGUGUUCCGAAAUGCUGCGAUGUUUAGUUUGUGUUUGUAAAUGAAACAGUUGAAGUUUUAGUGCACUUUUCAAAACUGAUAUUUAUUUGUCUUUCU